GAUCGAGCCCCCACGUACUGCACCAGGACAAUUACCACCGAGCACAAAGAACACAUCUGACCUCAAAGCAAGAAAUCACGCAUCGCCCAUACGAUCACCCAACUUCCUCCGCAUAAAUUCUCUACAGUGUGUAUACGGACAAUUACCACCCGGACUAUGUAUGCACUUGUCUGCUCUAGCUCUCAUACACACAAUCAUAUUUUAGAAAACGACAGUAAAGCAACUGCUAGUAAAGUACAGUGCAGUAUACCGUACGUAGAGAGUACACGCUUUAAACCUUAGCAGACAGCAUAAUCUUUAGUACAUUAACAAGAAUAACGUCUACGUGAAGGAACAGAUUUUACAGAAAUCGUGCGUUGAGGGUGAAGGUAGUUGGUCCCUUCUGAUGAAACGAUGCCGAUGGAAUGGACAGAAACAGAAAGAGGAGGAAGAAAACUUUUAUUUGAUGGUUAUAUUUAUGUGAAGAAGAGGAAUUUAGCUGCUGGAUGGGAAAGCUUUGAAUGCAAUCAGAGAAGGAACAAAAAGCAAUGCAAAGCCAGCAUUAAAGUCAGGGUAUCUGUUGAAAAUGAAUUCAGAGAUAGAACAGAACACAACCAUCCCCCUGACCAUGGCAAAGCUAAUGCAUACAAGGUAAAGAAUGCUGUCAAGAGAAUGGCUUUGGAAACAGAUGAAAGUCCCAAACAGAUUCUGAUGGCUACAAUGCAGCAAGCAACGCAAGAAGGGUUGAUGGCCAUGCCAGGUUUGGAACACAUUAGAAGAUCCAUCCGGAGGCAACGCCAGGACAGUCGACAAUCAAUGAAAGUUGAAAGGGCAGCAGAGCCUGGUUUGAGCGAUAUUUGGAGCAGUAUCAGGAAACAGCAACGAGACAUCCAAGAAGCCCUUGUAGAUCGACGAAAGGACCAGGAAAUCCUUGAAGACAAUGGUCCAUCGUCGCUUCCAGGAAAAAAUGACGAUGCCAUAGAAAAACCAGGUUGCAGUAUUCCAAACAAUGCAAUGAAAAUAGAUCCGGAAACUGAAGGCAGAAGAUCAUCUUCGCCUGCAACAGAGGAUGAUCCCCAAGAUGCUCUGUUAGAAUAUUUGGAUGGUGAACAGUCAACAUACCCUGCAGGAGAGCAUGAUGAAAGCAUAGCUUAUCAAGGUUCACGACAUAGAAAAAGGCAUCAUCAAAACAUCCAACACACUAGCUUUAAUGACAGUCCAAAACCAUCAUCCCUAGCUUCUUCUAAAUAUUGUGUUCUUCUGCAACAACCAUGCUCUAAAAGUGCAAAAAUGCAUCAUCAGGACAACCCUAAUGAGGGAAGUACAGGUCAUAGAUCCUCUGCAGUGAUGACUAGUGAUUAUGCAGCAUCUUCAGGCUCUCGAAGUACAGAUAUGCAGGAGCAAGCCAUCCAAGACCUCUUAGCCACAGAUCAGGACAUCAACAGCCAAGGAUCAUCCUUUCCUGCUGCAGAGGUCCAUGAUGCAUUACCAGACCUGGGAGUUCUCAAGGAAGAACAUGAAGACAUUCAAAGAGCAUUCGGAAUCCAAUGGGAGUGUUAAGACCAGGGCCCCAUCUUGCAAAGAGUAGCAAUUGAUCUGAUCAACCACAUCUAUGGAAAGCCAGCAAUGCCAACAUCUAAAAAGCAUGUUCAGAAUGUUUUCUAGAUAAGAUGUAUAUUCAGACAUUCAUCAUUGACUGGACAAUUCAGUGUGCUUCCUCUUUGUUGACAAAGGAAAUUGUGCCAAUUUCUGGUCAGAAAAUUUAUGACAAUGAUGGAUUCCAUAGGAGAGGUUGAUUGGAUCAAUCACAACUUUUUUUAAAGAUGGGUCCUAGGGUACACAAAGAAAUGCCAAAUGCCCUCUUUAACCAAAGAACAGUGGAGUUGUCACCGAUCAAGCAAUAAAUUAGAUGACCCAUACUGUUACAGCGAUUCCAGUGUAUCACAUUUCUGUAUUUUCUUCUUUCCUUUGAAUCCACAGCCAAUUAGCCGGAAAAAAAGCAGCAAAAAUGUGUGAAAUUUGAAUUUUCUGUCUUUCACAAAACACUGUACAAUCAAACCUGCUUUAGCGACCAGUACCGGCUGCAAAGAACUGUAAGCUCUAGCAAUACGCUAGGCUCUGUUACAACUGGUAAUAUGGCAGCAAUGCCCAAUGUCACAACAACGCAUUAUAUACUAUCUUAGAUCAACAUAUGACAUCACAAUCAAAGUCUGGGCCCACUCUCAGUGUUCUUUCAGCGAUAACGUUUCUGUGCAGCCGCCCCAGCUGUAUAGAAGGACCAACAGUCUGGUUUCCCUUGAACAGUAUUCCCAAUUGAACCAUAUAUUCAAGAACCUGUCCAUAAAAAUCACUUUCCUUGUCUUCCUCGGGUAGUCUUUAUCAGGUUUCACUGUUGAUUGUUAAUUUUCAUAACAAUUUCAUAUCAAUAUUAAGUUUGGUGAGGUUGCAUAACAAAUAAUAAAUACAUUCUACACAUUCAUA